AUGUCCCUCGGACGUACCUUCAAGCUCAACUCCGGCUACGAAAUCCCCGCCGUUGGCCUGGGUACCUGGCUGUCCAAACCCCAUGAGGUCGAAGACGCAGUCGAAGUGGCUCUGCGAACAGGAUACCGUCAUAUCGACGGUGCCCCUGUCUACCGGAAUGAGAACGAGGUCGGGAGGGGCUGGAAGAAAUCGGGCGUGCCUCGAGAGCAGAUCUUCUUAACUAGCAAGCUCUGGAACACGCACCACCGCCCCGAGCAUGUGGAGGAGCAACUCGACAAGACCCUGGAAGACCUCCAGACCGAUUAUCUGGAUCUAUACUUGAUCCAUUGGCCAGUGGCUUUCGAGUAUGCUGGGGAAGAGCUGAAGCCUGUUGAUCCGGUCACCAAGCGUUUCAAGUUGGCCAACGUCCCUAUCGGCGAUACCUGGAAGGCGAUGGAGAAGCUCGUUGAGUCAGGCAAGGUCCGCAGUAUCGGAGUCAGCAACUUCACCCAGGAACAUCUCGAGGAGCUCCUUCAGACCGCGGAGAUCCCGCCAGCUGCCAGCCAGAUUGAGGCGCAUCCUUAUCUGCUACAGCCUGAGUUGAUUCAGUAUCUCAAGGACAAGGAUAUCCUACCUAUCGCAUACAGCCCUCUUGGCAACAACCUUGCCGGCCUUCCGCGUGUCAUCGACGACCCUUUCAUCAAGCAGCUAGCCAGCUCGCUAAACCAAGACCCCGCCACAUUGCUGAUCUCCUGGGCCGUGCAACGUGGUACUGCCGUGCUAUCCAAGAGCGUGACACCAUCUCGGAUUGAGAGCAAUUUUCAGGAUGUCAUCCUUCCCGAGCACAUCUUCGAAACUUUAAACAGGCUGGAUCGCCACCUGCGGUACGGAUUUCCGUUCCAGUGGGGCCUGGAUGUCUUCAAGGAGGUUGGUGCAGAGGAGACCGAGAGGCGAGCGGAGGAGUUUGCUGCGAAGCAACGACAGCAGUCAUGA